AUGGAGAGUUUUAAGCGCCAGCGCCGAGACAGCGACGAGCUAGCUGAUAUUAGACCCGAAAAGCGACCGGUCUUCGAUCAUCAAUACGUUUCCCAGUCCUCUUUCCGCGGCCAAGGACUUCAGCAAUCUGGUUCUGGAACUAUCACAGUAGGAGGAAAUCUAAAUAUCGGAAAUGAGUUCGAUCGCACACAAAAUGCUCAUUGUCUGGCGGACCUCAGGGUUACUGAUCCAUGUGAUGACAAGACGCGCAUAGAAUCAAUGAAGGGAGGUCUGCUGGCCGACUCGUACAGCUGGAUCUGCGAGCACGCUGAUUUCAAACGAUGGCGUGACGACGAGGAUAGUCGGUUGCUUUGGAUCAAAGGUGACCCGGGCAAGGGAAAGACUAUGCUCCUCUGUGGGAUUGUCAACGAACUGGAGAAAAUGAGGAAGUCGAGUUCGAUGGAUGAUAUUGAAAACAUCUCUUUCUUUUUCUGUCGGGCUACCGAGGAGCAUAUCAAUAAUGCCACAGCUGUCCUACGCGGCCUCAUAUGGCUACUUGUGGCGAAACAGCAAACAGAACUAAUAUCAUAUGUGCGGGAAGAGUACGACCGCGCUGGGAGAGAGUUAUUCAAGGGUGUUAAUACUUGGUUCACGUUAUCCAGUAUUUUCACAAAAAUUCUAAAAGAUCGUUCCCUGAAAAGAACUUAUCUCAUCAUCGAUGCGCUCGACGAAUGUACGACAGAUCUGUCGCAACUUCUCGAAUUCAUUGUUUUGAAUUCAUCUCAGGAUUCAAGCUCACGUGUCAAGUGGGUAAUCUCCAGCCGUAACUGGCCAACCAUAGAGAAGGAUCUCAGCGAUGCAACCGAUAAGGUCAGGUUAUGCCUUGAACUGAACCAGGAGUCCAUUUCUGAGGCUGUUGAAAUAUACAUUCGCUCUAAAGUGGAUGAAUUAGCAAAACGAAAUGGGUAUCAAAACGACAAAGAUACAAAGGAGUGUAUCCGGAGUUACUUGUCAUCAAAUGCAAAUGGAACAUUCCUCUGGGUCUCAUUGGUUUGUAAGAAGUUGUAUAAAAUCUCUCGCCGGAACGUUCGAAAGCACUUAACUUUGGAGGAAUUUCCGCCAGGGCUUGAUGAGUUCUACAGCAGGAUGAUCCAAAACCUGAACGACCUUGAAGACUCUGAACUGUGCAAGAAUGUCCUAGCGGUUCUCUGUAUUGUGCAUCGUCCUAUAACAUUGAAGGAACUAGAGACUCUAGUCGAUGUUUCUGGUGUUAGCGAUGACGACGAAUUGAGGGAGAUUAUAGAAUCCUGUGGUGGCUCUUUCUUGACACUUCAAGGAAAUAUCAUUUCGUUUGUCCAUCAAUCAGCAAAAGACUACCUUAUGAAAGAAGAUAGUAUAAAGAUUAUAUUCCCGGAAGGGCGUAUCGAAAACCAGCAAGAAACAUUGGUGCUACAGUCGCUUAUGGCGAUGAGUAAUGUUUUGCGGAGGGACACCUAUAACUUGCAGGACUUGGGUCGUUCUAUCGAAGACCUUGAAAGAAUCAUCUCAGAUCCACUAGAAGCGAUUCGCUACGCUUGUAGCUACUGGGUUGACCACCUCUGCGAGGUCAAAUGCGGUGAUGAUGAUGGUAACGGAGAACCUGAUAUCCUCGGUGACGGCGGGGAGGUUCAUCAGUUUUUGACAGAACACUUCCUUCAUUGGCUAGAGGCUUUGAGUCUUAUGAAAAGCAUUCCAGGUGUGGCAGCUAAGCUUACCAGACUUCUCAAAAAAUUCACAUCCGAAUCCGCUAUAUCGAGGUCUGAAAUGCAAAUAGAGAUCAAAAACCUGGUUUCUGAUGCCCGCAGGUUCAUAAUGUCAAACCGACAUAUCCUUGAGCAUAACCCCCUGCAGCUAUAUUCGUCGGCUCUUGUCUUUAGUCCCAUCAACAGUGUCAUCAGGGCGCUUUUUCUGGAAGAAGAAAUAGACUGGAUCACCACAACGCCAGUUGUGGAAGCCAACUGGGGUGCCUGCAUACAGACACAUUAUGGCGACGCAUCAGCCGCGGUCGAAUCGGUCGCGUUUUCAAGAGAUAGCGCAUAUAUAGCGUUGGGGGAUAGCGAGGGAAAUGUCAAAAUCUGGGAUGUCGAGAGUGGCACCUGUGUAAAAGAAUUAAAUAUAGCCUCGGGUGGCGCUCUCUGGGACGGAAAACGUCAGGUUAUCUUCGUAAGCAAUGGUUUACGAAUUGCAUUCAAUUGCAACUCAAGCAAAACAAAUUUCGAGAUCUGGGACGCCAUAACCAGCGCUUACUAUACUUUGCAGCUCGUUCUCCAAGGCGAGGCUUCGGAAGGGAUAGAAGCUAUUUGUCUUUUAAAGGACGGUACGCGGGUAGCAUUAGGAUUGGAAAACGGUCUCAUCGAGAUUUGGGACUGCAACCCCAAAGUUACCGCGAGUAAUCGUAUACGAAGACUCAAGGGUCAUACCGAAAGUGUCGAGGCAAUGAGCCUCUCAAGCGAUGGUCUGCAGCUAGCAUCAGCAUCACAGGACAAUACCAUCAAGGUCUGGAAUACUGCAACUGGUGCUUGUACAAAAACUCUGGAUGUCGAGCUUUAUUGGCGUAGCCCAAUAGCUUUCUCAAAUAAUGGGAAGGGAAUAGCAUUCGCAUCAACCGAAUCAAGCUGUUUAAAAGUCUGGGAUAUCACUAGUGAUCCUUCGGCACAUAUAUAUCAAACGCUGCAUGGCCAUUCAGACAAAAUCACAUCAAUUUCUUUCUCGAAGGAUGAUAAACGGAUAGCAUCCGGGUCAUUCGACAACAUAGUAAAGAUAUCAGACACUACUAGUGGUAUCUUAUUACAAACACUUUUCGGUCAUACUGAUCCCAUCCAAGCGGUCGCCUUUUCAGAUGAUGGCGCACUAGUUGCAUCGGGAUCCAACGACAAUACAAUCAGGAUAUGGGAGUCUGAUAGUCCGGCCUUGGACCAAAUAUCCGAUGAUCAUAUGCAUACUAGCUCAGUCACAGCUAUUGCCUUUUCAAAGGACGGUGAACAAAUAGCAUCAGGAUCAAGUGACAUGACAAUCAAAAUAUGGAGUACCAGCGGGGCUUUCAUACAAGCACUUCACGGCCACAGCAGCACUGUCAGAUCAAUCGCCUUUUCGCAGGAUGGUGGUCGGAUAGUAUCGGGGUCGGCUGAUAACGCAGCCAAGAUCUGGAGUAUAAGCGGUACCGGUAGUUGCAUACAAACCCUUGAAGGUCAUACCAGCUCAGUUCAGUCUGUCGCAUUUUCAAAUGAUGGCGAACGAAUAGUAACCGGAUCAUAUGAUAAGACGGUCAAGAUCUGGAAUGUUAGCUGCGGUACUUGCAUACAAACGCUUAGCGUCCAUACCGACGCUGUCUGCUGUGUCGCCUUUUCAAAUGAUGACGAGCUGAUAGUAUCAGGGUCAGACGAUAACACUAUCAAGAUCUGUGAUAUGAGUGGUACCUGCUUGCAGACACUCAACGGCGAUACGGGUGUCAUAAGAUCUGUCGCUAUAUCGAACGAUGACAAAUUAAUAGCAGCAGGGUCGUUUGGGGGCGUAAUCAAGGUCUGGGAUCUUGAAAGCGGCGAGUGCCUCAAAACGUGUGAAAUUAAUCGGCAGGUCGGAGGUUUGAAAUUCGGUGCUACCAACUCACACGUACUAUGUAACGCUGGUAUAAUACCAUUGGAUAUAUCUCCAAACCCUGAUGAAGACUCAGACGCCACUAUGAUGGAUUUUCAACUUCGUGGCUAUGGCUUAAGUAAGGAUCGGGACUGGAUUACGUGGAACGGUAAAGAUGUUCUUUGGCUACCAGUGGAAUACCGUUCCGAAUACGACGACGAGUAUAUUGUUAGCGAGGAUUCUAUCGCCAUCGGUUGCCAAUCGGGUCGGGUCUUAAUACUCACUUUCUCAUCUUCAAGAUUCCCCUUACAUUAG